CGCUGGAGGACGGAGGGAGAGCAGAAACCCAGCCGAGCACCCGCCGAUCGACCCGCCUCCUCCGAGACGAGCAACGACCCCGAACCCGCAACCCGCAACCUCCACCGUCACCAUGAAGGCCUCUCUCGCCACCAUCGCUGUCCUCCUCCUGGCCCUCGGCUGGACCUCCGAGGCCGUGCAGGUCGAGGAGAACGGAUUGUCUUUCUCUCUGGAGGCCGUCAAGAGGCUCCAGGAGCUGACGCAGAGCGGCGGCGGCGGCGCGCAGAGCCCGCGGCUCCGGGCGAGCUCCGCCCCGCUGUGCGCCGACGCCAUGCUGCCGCAGGAGCAGAUGGCCCUAUGUAGAUCUAGUGGGGUUUUCUCCUCCCCUUGCCGGAUCUCCAUGGUUCCCAUGGACGUCUGCGAGAUCUGCGCCUUCGCCGCCUGCACCGGCUGCUGAACCGACGCCGCCCGCCCGGAAGCAUCUUCCUGCCCAGCUCAUUCCUUGUGAUUCUUCUCCUCCCCCCUGGAAACUGCGCCAGGGAACCUCUCAGACGUUUUCCUGCAAUGUGGAGCUCAGGGCUUUGUGUCCCCUGGACACCAGAGGCUCUGACUCCCGCCCGAUGGUCACAUUCAGAAAUUGCCGUUAGACCUAAAAUUCGCCCCAAAAAAAGAAAUCUGACAAACUAAGGUGUGCUUUUUUGUAAACUGUUACUUUGUAUAACCACUUUAUUUUCUGCUGACAGUUAUCUUUCAUAGAUUUUGGGAAUUGACACUGUUUGUUACAUUUUUCCUUAUGUUCCUUCUUUUUGUAACCGUGUUUUGAAUAAAAAGCUUUCAUUGAUAUAUCAUCA